UUUGAGAAUGGCUUACCAUGGCGUAGGAUGAGUACCAGAUUCAGCUUAGCAGCAUUCAAAGCAGCUAAGAAAAAAAGCAAAAACAGAUCCAGACUUGGAGAGGGUGCCGACGCCGAUAAGGAUAAUGAGGAUAUGGCUGAUGCUGGUGCUACAGGAUCAUCAGGAUGGAAGGCACUCGCUGCGGCUAAUAACGAUGACUUUAUAACGAUUGCCAGACACCGCCUCCUUCGCAGAAGAAGCAUUAAGAUUGAAGUGGCUCCUGAACAAGGAAAGUCAAUCUUAGAAUUGGCAAGAGAAAAGCUUGAGCAUGUGGAAGUAAAAACAGCCGAAGAGAUCGAGCGGGAGAGGAGGGAGAAAGAACGAGAUGCCGAGAUAUUGAGGAGGAAACUGGAGCUGGAGGAAUUGGAAAAACAAAGAAUAAAACUAGAAGAAAUGGAUAGAAUAAGAAGAGAGGAGGAGGAGCGACUGAGACUCAUCAGGGAAGAAGAGGAAAGGUUGAGAAAAGAGGAGGAGGAAAGACUUAGACUGAUCAGGGAAGAAGAGGAAAGGUUGAAAAGAGAAGAAGAGGAACGCAUCAGGUAUUGGAAAAGUCUUAUCAGAGUACAUUCCUCAAUUUAUAUUUAUCAUCACGAUCGGGAAGAAGAGGAAAGGUUGAGAUUAGAGGAGGAGGAAAGACUCAGACUCAUCAGGGAAGAAGAGGAAAGGUUGAGAUUAGAGGAGGAGGAAAGAUUAAAACGCAUCAGGGAAGAAGAGGAAAGGUUGGCACGAGAACAGGAGGAGCGAGAAAGAAUAGCAAACGAAGCAGCAGAGAAAAGGGCCGAGCUGGAGAGAAGGAGGGCGGAGGCAGAGGAGAACGCCAAAAGAGAGCGACGAGAAGACUACGAGAGGAAACUAGCUGCUGUUAUGAACGCAACCUGCCAGAAAGAGAGGGAGACUGCCUUAAAAGAAGUGGGGAAACUUACAUUUUUGGACUUCAACUCUCAAGAGGAGUGGGAAACUCAUCAAAGAGAAGUUGGGAAGUUGAACAUCCUGGAAAUAGCAGGUAAAUUCAAAAAGAAAGGAAAGAAGUUCAGAAAAGAAAGAAGGAAGACUCAAUCUAUAAACUGGUCUAACGCCAAGGCGAUAAUUAACAAAUACGCUGAUGUUCAGCCACAGGAAGAGGUAGUACGGUUCGUGAAGCCGACAGCAGUGGAUCUAACUGAUCUGGAGUGCUACACAGGAGACGACUACCCCUCAGCCACAACACCAACAGACAGAUCCAGCGACAUGGGGACCCCUGACAGUGGCAUCCGCUCCACCUGCAGCCAGGACCUGGAGCAGGAGAGUGUAACUCAGUGAGGGGUGCCGGUUCAAGGUCACGUGGUCUGUGGUUCAGUGGCCACGUGGUUUAUGGCUCAUCUCAAACAGUCUUCAUCUGUACAGUGUUAU